AUGGAGAAGGGCAAGAAGGUCGACACGCCUCCUGUUGCCGUCUCAUUCUUCGAUCCAGCACUCAAGGAGACGCGCAGGAACGUGUUUAUUCAAUGGGCUCGCACAGUGUUGAUGCUCUGCGUGUUUAUUCUUUGCGUCCUCUCCCUCUACUGGGCCGUUCAGUUUCGUGUCGAAGCCAAUCUCCCUUCGCUGACUAUCUGGGUCGUCGACUUUGACGGCCAGCUCCCGGUCGAUGUUUCUCAACGCUCGAACCAAUCGAUCGUGGGCCCUGCCAUCACCAAUCUGGCGGAUCGGAUCGCCAACUCGGAUACUCACCACCUCGGGUACACCAUCAAGUCUCCGGCCGAGUUCCAGUACAGCCUGGAGGCAGUGCGCCAGGGGAUCUACGACGAGCAUGCAUAUGCCGCAAUCAUCGUCAACCCUAAUGCGACAACUCUCCUCCGCCACGCUGUGACCAACGGCAAUGAUUCGUACGAUCCCUCCGACGCGGCGCAAUUCGUGGUGAUCAGCGCGCGCGACCAAUCCACCUACUCGAGCUACAUUACCCCAGCCCUAAACGAGUUCGAAUUGACGCUGCGCUCUGAAUUCGGGCCGCAAUGGAUCACCUCGCUCGCCCAGCAGGAGUCGGUCAAUCUCUCCCGCACCCCACAGGCUGUGAAUCCUGCAAUUGGAUUCAACACCCUCGACCUCCGCCCCUUCGCGCCAGCCGUCGCCACCCCGUCCGUGACAAUCGGGCUGAUCUAUCUGAUUAUCAUCGCGUUCUUCAACUUCCCCUUCCUCAUGCCGAUCCACGCCCAAUUCACCAAGGGCGGCCACGACCAUCCCCCGCUCAAAAUCCCGCAGUGGCUCCUCUGGCGCAUCCUCUCCAACUUCGCCGCAUACUUCUUCCUCUCCCUGUUCUACUCCUUUGUGUCCCUCGCGUUCCAGAUCCCCUUCUCCAACUCCCCGGCCCCGGAUACUGUUUCCGCCGACAGCCCCAACGCCUACGGCAGGGGCUCCUUUGUCGUCUUCUGGAUGCUGAACUGGGUCGGCAUGAGCGCUUUGGGGUUCCCCUGCGAGAACAUGGCCAUGAUUCUGGGCUUCCCGUGGAGUUCGCUUUUCCUUAUUUUCUGGGUGAUCACGAAUGUUUCGACGGGGUUCUACGCGUUGGAUCUCGCGCCGGGUUUCUUUGCCUGGGGAUACGCAUGGCCGUUGCAUAGAAUUGUUGAAGCCCUUCGCACUAUUCUCUUCGGAGCACACUCGCGCAUCGGCCUCGACUUUGGCAUCUUGUUUGCCUGGAUCGGGGUUUCCAUUGCGCUCUUCCCGUUCGCCUCGUUGGUCAUGAAGUGGAGGAUGCAGCGGGGCUUGUAAAUGACGCGGGAAGCAAUUUUAAAAACAUUAUUGGAAUGAAUUUCUUGUAUAUAGAAUAGAGUAU